AAUGGCGUGCAGUGAAGGGCGUCUCUCGUGGAGACUUGGCCUCCCAUGUUGGCAGAAACUGUGGUGAAGGAUCGAUCGCUCUCUGGCCUGCAGCGGCAGAUCACAGAGAUUCUAAUGGAAUUCCCAGUUGGUUGUGUUGUGUUGGGACAGUGCGGCGAGAGUUCUGAAUCCAGACGGCUGGCAGGUAGCAUGUUUGCAGAGAGGGGAGGAGGUAAAAAAGGCGUCGAGGCAUCAUUCUGGCGAAGAAACUGCACGAGCAAAAAGAUUGAGAUGCUCGAAAGCGAAUUUGACCUGCUCGUGCCUUGCUCCUGCACCAUCGAGUACCGAGAAAACUCCAAAGCUUCAUCAUGCAACGCAAGCGCCGGGACCAAGUAACCAAUAAUGCAUGUGGCCAUUUGCCUUGACGUACAUCAAGGUGUUUUUUUACCAAUAAGAGUUCUUACAGACUACGGAGCGAGCACAAAGAAAGUGCUGUUAUCCAGCCAGUUUUAAACUUGGGGUGUUCGUACUGAGCCCAAAUGAUUCCCUUUAUUUGUAAUCUUGUGCUCUCAAGCCUCCUCCUGUCAAAAAGAUCGUGCUGUCUCAUCGGCGAUCGAUACUCCCUCAUGAAUUUCUCCACGCCCUUCUCCUUCUUUUUCUGAAGAAAUAUGCCACUAAAUGAUUAGCGAUCGGAAGAUCCAUUGGCCCAUGCCGUGCCAUAAGUCCAUGCUCCAUGAUGGAGGAGCUGCCUCAUCUCUCUCGGCUCACAUGCGUCAUGUCAAUGUGAGCAUGCGCCACCAAACAAAAACCUAAAGCCACCACCACCAAAGCCUUGAGACGAGGUGAGGUGAGGUGAGAUGAGAUGGGAUCCAUCUUUAUAUAUAGCCUUAAAGCUCUCGGAACACUUCAUCUGCAAGUCACUGAGUUUCACGGAAUCUAUCUAUCUAGGAGCAAGCACACAGCAUCCGGCAACAUGUGCUCCGGGUCCUGGAGCACCAAGAGAUGCCCAUCCCUUGUCGUCUUCAAUCUCAAGCGGCGGCAGCAGCAGACGAAGCCCCAUGUCUUGGUUGCUAUCAGGAGGAGGUUGAGGCUGAGGAGGUCGAGAGCCGGAGUAGAGGCCAUGGAGAUGGUGAACCUGAAGCUCUACCUGGAGAACCGGUGCAUCAUCGCCGAGAACGAGAGGCUCAAGGAGAAGGCCAGCGCGCUCCGCCGCGAGAACCUCGCCCUGCGCCAGAACCUGUCCAAGACGGCGGCCGAGGCCAAGCUGCCGGCGGCAGGAGCGGGAGCAGGAGCUGCGUGAGGCUGCUUCCUCUGGCUGCUGAGCUUGGACUAGCUAGCUAGCUUGCGUUCCCACUGCGUUGGUGCUUGUCCUAGUUUGUGUAGAAUCCUAGAUGUCUAUCCGGGCGCCAUGUCUGUGCUCAUAAAUCACCAGGGUUUUGGAGCUCUCUUGGGUGCUCUGUGCCUCGAUGUUUGUACAUCACAAGUGCAGGGAUUAACUAGAUUUUGUUUGCAACUGGCUCUUUGGAUGAACAGAGCAAGGAAAUAAAAGGCAGCUUCGAUCAAAA